GUAACGUCCGAGUGUCAAAUCGAGACCAGCUCAAAGACACGGCUCUCGCGUUAUUAUUCUCUGAGCUGUAACCAAAGAGAAAAGGAGACAAAAUAAAAAGAAUCUCUUGAACUCUCGCCGGCUUCAAUGGAAGACUACUGCAGUCAAAGACCCUACGGAGGGAUGCAGAUCCAGCCUUACAACGGCGGUCCGGGAACCGGAGACUUCAGGAGCUAUAGCGCUUCUUACGGGACGGCGACGGAGAACAAUAUGUAUGAUGUGAAGAAGGGCAAAUCGGUUGGGAGGUCGAAGUCGUGGGGGAUAACUGACCCGGAGCUGAAGAGGAAGAAAAGGGUGGCGAGUUACAAGAUGUAUAGUGUUGAAGGCAAAGUCAAAGGCUCUUUUAGAAAAAGCUUCAGGUGGCUUAAGCAUAGGUACACACAGGUCGUCUAUGGCUGAUGGUGAUUUUCUUUCUUUCUUUUUUUCCUUCUUCUGAUCGCUUUGAGUUUUUCUUUUAUUUUGAUUUCCUCAAGUAACUAAUUAUGUUGUGUUCUCUUAGUAUAUCUCUAUGUGUUGCAUUCUUCAAUGUAAGUGUGAUUACCACAAAACUAUAUAUGAUUAUUAGUUUACAUA